CCCACAAUGCACCGGCGCGGCACGAGCCACGUAAACAAGACGGCGCGAGGAGCUGCCUGGCUGGCUAAACCAAAGGUGUUUGUUCCUGCGGCGGCCCCUCUAACGUGAACCUGGAGAAUGAAGCGGCUCACGAGCUCAGGAGGCGCUCUUGUAUGAGACCCCGCCGAAUAAACGCGGUGUUAAGGUGUUAAGUAAAUAAUCAAGAUGUCCAUGGUGUUGUUUGCCUCUGUAGUACGGGUGAGAGAUGGCCUCCCGCUUUCAGCUUCAACAGACUAUGAGCAGGAUAAGGCAGUUCAGGAAUCAAAGAGGCACCUCAAGUCACUGUCCAAAAAACUCGGCCACUUCCCUGACCGAUGCACUCUGAGGAUUGGACAACACACCAUCAACUUUACCAGUUCUUUAGGUGUUGGUUACUUGAUGGUUUGCACAGAAAGCUACCCCAGCGUCCUGGCCUUCUGCUUUCUGGAUGAGCUGCAGAUGGAGUUCAUUGUUUCGUACGACACCAACAAGAUAAACGGCGCCGUUAGGCCGUACUCUUUUAUUGAAUUCGAUCAUUUUAUCCAGAAGAUUAAACUAAGGUAUAACAGCCCACGCUCACUAACCACAAAGAUCAACCUCGCCGAUAUGCAAACUGAAAUUAAAUUGAGGCCUCCCUACCAGCUCUCCACCUCAGAUAUCGGAACCUUAAAUGGAUUUGCAAACUUUUCCCCAAACAAAUAUAAAGGAAUUGCGCCAAACCAAAUGCUGGAACCAGUGACCUUGGCAGGCGUCAUUUCCUGUAUGCUUAGCCUUUUAUGUGGAGCCCUGAAUUUAAUCCGAGGAGUUCACGCCAUAGAAAGUGUUUUACAGACUGAAGAGGAGGAUUUGAAUUGUAUUGUUGCCUUUUUCAUUGGGACUGCUGCCUGUUUUUAUCAGUGUUACCUGUUGACGUUCUGCACCGGCUGGAGGAGCCUUAAAGCCGCCAUGUCCUUUGCGCUCAUCUGCCUCUGUAACCUCUACCUGUACGAGUUGAGGAACUCGUGGCAGCUUUUCUUCCACGUCACCGUCGGGGCUUUUGCCACAUUGCAGAUCAGACUGAGGCAGCCCCAAGGAAAAGCUCCGGACUACAACGUCUAAAGGUGCCCCCUUGACGAGGAGCUCUCAGGAAUGUGUGCCCAUUUGCACCCCCACGUUGGCACAGAGCCGCGUCUACGGCGAGAACACGUCUGUUAAACUCCAAAAUAAAACCUUCAAACAAAUGGCUCUUCGUGAUGCGUGUUGCCAUGCUGUGCAGAUGAUGCCCUGUUCAUGUACGGCCGGGCCUGGCAUUGGGUACGAGUUCAUGAAAAAACCUAAAACUUCAUUAUGAACUUCACAGAAAAACAGGGGCACCGAAUGAUUGACAAUGGCAUCGGAGCGCCGGGUGUGCUGCAAGAGAACUCGCUGUGGGCACCGAUGCCAUCUCGCUGGGUCUGCUGGUCCACUGGAGCCGGCUGUAAUGGUGGAGCACUGCAGAAAAGUGAAGGCAGCGUUCACAGAGGCUGAUGGGUAAUUCAGACCCUCUGCCCUUAGUCAGGUGAAUAUGGACCCCCCGGGUGGGAUUGCACCAGAAAGUGAAAGCUGCUGUGUCGUCGGCGUCACCACGGCUACCACUGACCCUCGUCUUGAUAGCCCACCAGUGUUUGUGUUGAGUUGACCUGCUGCUUUGUUCUGAACUUUGUUUAAUUUAAGGCUUCAUUCUUAAUAAAUUCAACAUGCUGUGUG